AUGAAAACACUGGAUGAUCAAGAAAGAACGACCCUUCAUUCGUUGUGCGGCCGCACGAUUGUCAAAGUCGGGGACAACCUCGUCGUGAAAUCGGGCGAUAUUCGCGCCCACGAAGCCGAAACACUUCGUUUCAUUGCUGCAAACACGACAAUACCCGUGCCCAAAGUCCACGAUGUCCAGUGGGAAGAUGGCAAAGCCGUGGCUAUCGUGAUGGAUUACAUACCUGGCAAGCGACUCGAUGAAGCAUGGGGUACUUUGAACUCCGAUCAGAAGCUAUCCAUCGCCUCCGAGCUUCAAUCCUUCAUAAAUCAACUUCGCGAGUUGAAGGGUAGCUACAUCGGAGCUAUCAAUCGUGGCAAAGCUAUAAUUGGACAUAUUGCGUCAAUUGAAGGCGGACCUUUUGAUUCCGAGCAGCACUUCAACGAGUUUAUCCUGGGAGAUAUCAUCCCAUCAGCACCGGCUAUGCUACGACAUCAUGCCAAAUUUGCGCUUAUGAAUGACCAUGAGAUUGUUUUUACCCACGCCGAUUUCUCCCCGCGUAAUAUCCUAGUCGAAGAAGGCCGGGUCACAGCCAUCAUUGACUGGGAAUAUGCUGGCUGGUAUCCAGAACACUGGGAAUAUAUGCAGGCGCUUCAACGACUGAAGCCGAUGCCCGACUGGCCAGAAUAUUUGUCACUUAUUCUUCCACCCCGCUACGAGAGAGAAUACAUAGGCAUGUCUUUCCUAACUCGCCUUUUAACCCAUUAG